CUCCUCUCAGGAUUCUUUCUGGUAUAGUCCAUUCACAGUGUAUUGAAUGAAAUGCAAACAAAUAUAUAAAAAAGAAAUAUUCCAUGAUAAACGGUGAUAUAAUAUGUAAUUUGAAAAUAAGGAUUUUGCAGAAGAAUAGAUAUUAAAUAUAUAUAUUGUUUUUUUUAACUAUAUGAUAUUGUGAGAAAAUGGCAACAGAGGUAUUAAAUAACAAGACUGAUUGUGACACGAGAGAAACUGUACGUCGGGCAUUUUAUAAAAAUCGGAUCAAGAAAGAUAAUAUCAAACUGGAACUUGACGAGAAAUCACAUCAGGAAGAAAGACGUAAACUGUUGUUAGAAUAUCAAAAGAAAUACAGAAAUGAAGCAUUCAAUAUCGCACGUGGUAUAUUCCAAGAGAUAUAUUUCUCUGAAUUAAAAAAUGAGGAGUCUAUGGAUGUGGAAGAAUGUUCUUCACAGUCUAGAUGCCCACAAAGAUAUAAAAAAAAGAAUCGAAUGAUGUUAUCAGAAUGGAUGAUAGAUGUACCACAAGAUUUUUCUGAGAGCUGGUUUAUGGUUCCGUGUCCUGUAGGAAAACGAACUAGACUAGUUUCAGGACGGGGCAUAACAAAGGCGUAUUCUCGAACAGGACUGCUAUGUAAUACCUUUCCUUCAGCACUUCCAGGUGGAAAUUCUGAUGCAGAUAUGCGUCAUUCCGCUAUUGUAGACUGCAUAUGGGUAAAGAAUCAACAAGUCUAUUAUAUAUUGGACGUAUUGUACUGGGGUAUAUUACCAUUCACAAACUGUGAGGCUGAAUUCAGGUUAUACUGGAUCAAUAAUAAAAUCCGUGAAACAAAAGACUUUGAAGAAUCUGAUGCUGAUACAAAUAAAUAUCCCAUUUUAUCUCUACAAAAUAUUAAUUGUAAUUCAGACUUAAGUUCUGCCUUGACACAACUUGAUCUUGAAUUAAAUUGCAUAGAUGGGUUUUUAUUUUAUCAUCGCAAUGCACAUUACAAUUUUGGGUAUACUCCACUUGUGACAUGGUUAAAACCUUUUAUGUUAUCUGAAGUACUUGGAAUAUUUGCACCUUCACCACUUGACGAGAAACCAGAUGACUAUUUAAAUUUUGAACAUUAUAUGGAAAAUAUAAAUGCUAAGAAGAGCAACAAUAAAAAAAGAAUUGUCAAGAAUUUUAUGGAGAUAGAAUAUGUCGCUUAAAAUAGAAUUAUGAUUAUGAUUAAGGAGGGACAUAAAUAUAAGAAUAAUCUUAAAUUUGAUUUAAUUUUUAUAACCAUUAAAAAAUGUAUAAAUAAUUUUUAUAUAUAUAUAACCAUUUUUUUAUUCUAAUAAAAUAAAGUAUGUGUUUAGACAAAAUAAAUUAAUAACCAUAGCAGUAACUAUAAGCAAAAUGUAAAUAGGUAAUGCAACAAUCAUAACUACUGCAUCUGAAUUAUAUAUUAUUUGUGUCACAGAACAAUAAAAUAAGAAAAUUCAUAUAUCAAUAUGCACUGUAUGAAAUA